UUUCUUGGCUAACAAUCCACUCCAGCCCGUUCUCGUCUGAACUUUGCCACGGGGCAAAAAAAAGCCAGGUAAUUGAUCACUGUGCAACCAGAACACCCUCUCCUCUUGAUUCCAGCAGUGCAGGAGUGUGCAACAUGAAUAAUCAAAAAAUGGUGAACUGUCUGUUACAAGAAUGCAAGCAAAUGCUGGAGCAGCCCUCACUUAUGGUGGAAGGCCAGCUCAAGGAAAUCAAGAAUCAACUCUUUGGAGCUUCACUCCCUGAGGAUUUGAGGACCCUCAUCGAAGAGGCCAAGGAAAUGAAGUGGCCCUUUGUGCCAGAAAGGUGGCAAUACAAACAAGCCAUAGACCUUGAAGACAAAACAAAUUUGCAAGAUAUGAUCAAUGCAAGGCUGCAUGAGUUACUGGUUUGCUUAAAAACCUCCAUUGCCAGCAGGGACUAUCUGACAGCAACAGCUAUUGCAUUUCUGGUUGACCGGUUUCUAUAUUGGGUUGAUGGUUCCAGCCAGCUUCUCCAAAUUGUCAAACGGCUGCAUCAGCUUGAGCCUACAGUACCAAUUGCCCCUCAGCUGGUUAUCCGUCAGGCUCGCAUCUCUGUGAAUUCAGGUAAAUUAUUGAAGGCUGAAUAUAUUCUUAGCAGUCUUAUUAUUGACAAUGGGGCAACAGGAGUAUGGAAGUACUGUAAUGAAAGUGAUUGUGUUCUUGUUCAAUCUGUCUGUAUACAGAUCAGAGGACAAAUUCUACAGAAACUGGGGAUGUGGUAUGAAGCAGCAGAGCUGAUUUGGGCCUCAAUUUUGGGUUAUUUUACACUUCCACAGCCAGAUAAGAAGGGAAUAGCUACCUCACUGGGUAUUUUGGCAGACAUCUUUAUAUCUAUGAGUGAAGAUGAUUACGUCAGAUUUAAAAACAAUUCUCAGCUUGGCCUGAACCUUCUUAAAGAAUUUGAUCAUCGUUUACUUUCAGCUGCCGAAGCUUGCAAGCUGGCUGCAGUCUUGAGUCAGUUCACACCAUUGUUUGUGCUCACUGCAGUUAAUAUCCGGGGAAUGUGUUUGCUAACUUACAGCUGUUCAAGUGCGUGUCCUCCAGAAAAGCGAGCAUUUUAUUUAUCUCAAGCAAAGGAGUCCUUUGAAAUUGGUUUACUGAGCAAGAAGGACAAAGAACCAGUCACCAGCAAACAGGAGCUCCACAGUUUUAUCAAAGCAGCUUUCUCCCUUGCCAAAGUACACCAGCAUCUGUAUGGAGAAAGCAAGAGCCUUAAUCAGGUGAAUCAGUUGUGCCAGGAUGCUUUGGCGAAGCUUUACGCUUACAGUUAUUCACUUCAAAAUGAAGAGCAGGAAAAAGAACUGCUUGCUAAAGACAUUAUGUCCCUGGUCAUGUCAGUUAAAGAACAAUUACAAGUGCAAAGUUUUCCUAAUUCAGAUGCCAAAUCCUACAUUCCUGAUUGCUACAAAACUGAUGUCAAAAAGGUUCUGAAUUGUAGUUUGAGCUUUGAGGAGGUUCUCAGAAUGUAUUUUCAGCAUCAUGAAUCAGUCUGUGCUGUUUUUGAAAGUACUUGCAGAAAUCAUAAAAUUAGACCAGGAAAACAGAAGGCAAGAGCCUGUAUAACAACUUUGAAGACUGCAACCAGAAAUAUGGAUACCAUAGGUGCUACAGAAGCAAAUUCUCAUUAUGACAAUCACAAUGGAGAAAUCCCAGUUUCACAGAAAGAAAACAAAAGACAAAGAAAGAAAAUUGCUCACAUUGUUUCAAGGAGGGCUUCUCUUGAUGAACAGACAGAAAGUGAAACUUCUGAUAAUCAAAACAAUUCUAGUUGGGAAGAAAUUGUCAACAAUAAAAAUGAUCUAUCCCAAGAUAAGGAGCAGAAGACAAAGAACUUUAUAGAGUUGCCUGAAGAUAUUGAAAAGAAAAUUGAAAACAGUGAUUUUUGUUUGUUAACUAAUAAAAUACACAAAAUCACACUUCAGCACUCUCAAAAUGGCACAGGUUCUUUAAAGCAUCCCUUUCCGAAAAGCAUGCCUUUCACUAAUAUACCAAAAGAAUUGGACCCAAAUUUAAGAAAGAAAGAGAUGGAGGCAGGAGUGGAUGCUUCAAAACAGUCAUGCAGAGGAACUAGUAGCACCAACUCCAAACAAGAUAAAGUAAUGAGUUCUACAUCUGAAAAAGAAAUAAUUUCUUCAGGGAAGGUUUCCAGAACCAAGGACAGCAGCAAUGUUCCUAUUUCUAGUAUUAGAAAAGGAAGCAUUGAAAACAAUGCAAACCAUGCACGAGAUUCAGGCCCAAUAAGUAGAAAUCAUUGGCAAAUGGUUGACUUAGAAGGAGAAACAGAAGAUGGAACGGAAGAUUCACUAAUGAAUCCAGAUUUACCCAAUGAAAAGACAGUACCUGCUUCUAUCAGAAACAAUAUAUCAAAAGCUGAAUGUGACAAUUUUGUACAAAAUUGGAUCAACCAAUCUGCCAAUAUGAUGUUAACAGGAUGUUCCUCUAAAAUAUCUGAAGUUAAAACACAAGCAGAAGAUGACUGGGAGCUGGUUUCUGAUGAUAGAAGAGAGUUAAUAGACCAUGGUACUAAUGAAGGUAUAAUAAAGGACCCACAAAAUUACAGGACUGAGGCCCCAAGUUCUUCAUUAGGAUGGGGCAACAAGCAAGUUUCAAAUCAUUCUAAUGAUUGUGCUACAACUGAAGAAGGUGAUGAAGGUGAAAAUAAGAGAGGCAUUUUCAAUAGCUCACACAGCUCAAGCUCUCUGAAAUCAUGGGACAAAGGACCCAGUUUUUCCAGUAGUUUUUCUGAACUGGGAAGUCCUCCCUUAAUGAAUUCUAGUGAAAGCUCUUUUUCCUUUAUUAGCAUGGCCAAAGAACAAAUGCAACAAGCUCGUAUUCUGAGCAAUGAUGAUUAUAACAAGCUAUUUUCAGGUGUUGAACAUGCUUGGCUCGUUGAGAGAAUGAAGAAUACAGGAUUCUUUAAACCAAAACUCCUGCAUAGAACACACCAUGCUCUUCUUCUGAAAUACUCUAAGAUAUCUGGGCUGUGGACAGCUCAGGAGACAACUGCAUAUAUUGGAGAUAACUUGAGUGUAGCAAAGAAAGGCAAGCAGAGGAAUGCUUUUUGGAUACACUUUCUGCACCAAGAAGAAACCCUGGGAAGGUAUGUUGGCAAAGAAUACAAAGAAGAAAAAGAGAUUAUAUACCAUUUCAAUGAUGUGGAACGGCAAAUGACAGCUCAGUACUAUGUGACAGAAUUCAACAAAAGACUGUAUGAGCAAAACAUUCCUACACAAAUCUUUUAUAUUCCAUCGGUGGUACUCUUGAUACUAGAAGGCAAAUCUAUCCAAGGAUGUGUAACCGUGGAACCCUACAUUCUAGGAGAAUUUGUGAAGUUAUCCAACAACACCAAUGUAGUAAAAUUGGAGUACAAAGCCACAGAAUAUGGACUUGCAUAUGGUCAUUUCUGCUACGAAUUUUCCCAAGGCACAGAUGUGGUGGUCGAUUUACAAGGCUGGGUGACUGAUAAUGGAAAAGGCCUCAUUUAUCUUACUGAUCCCCAGAUCCAUUCUGUCUCUAAAAAAGGAACAUCGGGCCUCACAAACUUUGGAAAGAAAGGAAUCUACUAUUUCUUCAAUAAUCAGCAUACAGAAUGCAAUGAAAUCUGUUCCCGUCUUUCAUUGACAAGACCUUCAAUAGAGAAACCAAAGUGAUAUUAGAUAAUCCUUGCCCCUUUCUUUACCCAAGAGUUCCUGCUGUGACUUUUCAACAAAUAUAUUUUCCUAUUUUUUUAAUAUCUGCAUCAUACUAUCCAAUGAAAUUGUGUUAAUUAUAUGUUCUAAUAUCAAAAGCUCAUUCUGUAACAAGGCAAAGAUGUUACUCAGAAGGAGAGACCUUGCAUUGAGUUGCUUCUUUUUAUCUUAUUCUUUGUACAAUUGCAGUGUUGUAUGCACAGAAGUGUUGUUCUAAGUAUAGAAAUAGCUCUGCGCCUGAGCAUCACACAAAUCAGUAAUUGAUAGGAAAGUCAAUACUGAUAAAAGGCAGCCUAUACACACCACCUUACCUUAUCUGGAAAUGAUUAUUAAUAUAGCUAAGCCAAAUAGGCUUGGUAAGAGUUCAGCUCUACCAGCACUCAUGUUCUUUAUGUCAUGCAUUUUAAGUACAUUUUCUUCCAAAAGGCUGCCUUUUUCCUUUUUUGUAUUAAUACUGCAAUACAAAUAAACCAGCUGAACACUGUUAAAUUCAUUAGUCAGCAGACUUCAACAACUGCUUAGUUUUAUAUAUGAAGUGGGAGCUCUGCUUUCAACUUGAGCCCUGGACCUUGAUUCAUUUUCAACUUAUUAUCCA